AUGUUCCGUUUCGCUCGUUCUUGCAUCCCUCGUGCUGUUACCGUCCAACACCGUUUUCUGAACAUCCACGAGUUUCAAUCCAAAAAGAUCCUCAAGGAGCACGGCUGCAAGGUCGAGUUUGGCAUCCCGUGCACGACCAUCGAGGAGGUUGAGGCCGCCUGCAGCAAGAUUAAGACCGAUAGGAAGGUCGUGAAGUCUCAGAUUCUCGCUGGCGGGCGCGGUAAGGGCACCUUUGUGGAUGGAUUUAAGGGUGGUGUGCACGUCUGCGACAACGCCGCGGCCGCGGUGGAUGUGGCCAAGCGGAUGCUGGGCAACACGCUUGUGACCAAGCAAACCGGCCCGAAGGGUCAGUGUGUAAACACCCUGUACGUCACCGAGGCCGUCUCGGGCAUUAAGCGGGAGCUGUAUCUUUCCCUAAUUCUUGACCGUAAGAGCGCCUCGCCCAUGUUUGUGGGUAGUGCCGAGGGUGGUAUGGGUAUUGAGGAAUUGGCCAAGACCAACCCGGAGAAGAUUAAGACGAUGAAGGUCAAUGUCCUCGAAGGACUCGAUCACGACAGCUGCGUCAACUUCGCGAAGGAGCUUGGGUUUGUCGGAGAUUCAGCCGAGAAGAUGGCAGAGCAGAUUAAGAAUAUCUACAAUGUUGGUAAAACCAAAGACUGCACGAUGGUCGAGAUCAACCCACUCGUCGAGCUGGAGAAUGGCGAUGUUAUGCAGAUUGACGCGAAGCUAAGCUUUGAUGACAAUGCUGCAUUCCGUCAAAAGGAAAUCUUUGACUUGGAGGAUAAGUCAGCAGUUGAUGUCAAGGAGAUACUUGCCAGGGAGGCUGACCUUAACUACAUUGCACUCGAUGGUAAUGUCGGUUGCCUCGUGAAUGGCGCAGGUCUUGCGAUGGCUACAAUGGAUCUUAUCUCUUUAUACGGUGGUAAGCCCGCGAACUUCCUGGAUGUGGGUGGCAGCGCUGACGCAUCUCAGAUUGAGGUUGCUUUUAAGAUUAUCCUCAGUGAUAAGAACGUGAAGAGCAUUUUGGUUAACAUCUUCGGUGGUAUCAUGCAAUGCGAUACCAUUGCGAAUGGCAUCGUGAAUGCAGUUAAGAGUGCUCAGACUGACAUUCCAAUCAUCGUGCGCCUUAGUGGCACUAAUGAAAGUCUCGGAAAGUCAAUUCUUACGAAAAACGGUUUGAAGAUUUAUUCUGCCGAGGGAUUCGAUGAUGGCGCGAGGAUGGCCGUUGAACAUGCCACUGCAAACUCUCAUUAG